AUGAGGGAACGCAGGCGCACUGGAGAACCCACGGGCGGCAAGAGAAGCGCGUGCGGUCAGUGUCUCCAUGGCAACCACGGCCGGGGACCUGAGCUCGCGGCCAGGGCAGCUCUCGAACCCCAUGGCAACGGCCGCAGUGUGACAUCAGAGUUAUCAGUGAGAGCACCUAGAAUACAGUGUGAUUUUUGUGAAAUGACAGCUCACACCUCUGAAGCUGUCAUGUCAACUCGUCUAAGUCUCCAUAAACAGUAUUUGCAAGCCUGCCAAGAGUCGAGCCAGCCAGAAAACCCUUUCAUAGCCCACAUGCUUGAAGAAGCUGAGAAAGCAGAUAUAACAUUGACAAAAGGGAUCACAUUAAAAAUAGCUGGAAAUAACCGCUUGGUGCCAGUACAGAAAGUUACAGAUGAGGAUUUUCGAAUGCUUGCCUGCAUCUUAAGCAAUAACACAUUUGUUACAGGGCUGGACCUUAGAUACAAUGUAUUAACUGAUGUUGGAGCAGAGCAUGCUGCAAAAUUCCUUCAGGAAAACUCAACCCUGCACUACCUCAAUCUGAUGUUUAAUGAUAUUUGCACCAAUGGAGCAGAAUUGAUAGCUAAAGCAUUGCAUAGGAAUGAAACGCUCCUACACCUGAGAAUGACUGGCAACAAAAUUGAAAACAAAGGUGGGAUGUACUUUGCUUCAAUGCUGCAAAUUAAUUCGACCUUAGAGAAGUUAGAUCUUGGAGACUGUGAUCUGGGUACACAAAGUCUAAUAGCAAUAGCAACAGUUAUGAGCCAUAACAAAGCAAUGAAAGCACUAAACCUAAACCGUCCUAUACUGUACAGCCAAGAGGAAGAGACCACAGUUCACACAGCUCUAAUGAUGAAAAAUAACUCUUGUCUUAUGGAACUGCAUUUGUGCAAACAUGAAAUGAAGAACUUCGGUGUGGAGCGACUGUGUGAUGCAUUGUAUGAAAACCGCAGCCUGCGAUAUCUUGACCUCAGUUGUAAUAAAAUAACUCGCGAUGGUGUGAAAUUUUUGGGAGAACUGCUGAAACGGAACCAAACUCUGGAAAUCCUAGAUCUUAAUUCAAACAGGAUAGAAGAUGAUGGAGCCAUCUAUCUGAGUGAAGCCCUGGCUUUGUACAACAGGACUCUUCAAGCGUUAGCAGUAGUGAGCAACAAUAUAAGUGGAAAAGGACUUGUUGCUCUUUCGGAUUCAAUGAAAACAAACAUGGUGCUUUCCUAUAUUUAUAUUUGGGGAAACAAAUUUGAUGAGGACACCUGUGUCGCAUUUUCAGACUUAAUUAAAACUGGCCGCUUGAAACCAAAUUGUACAGACGUGGAUCCGUAUGAAGUGGAUGGGCAUGUAUAUCUUGCAGAACUCUCUCAUGGCCUUAAAAGGCAUUACUAUUGGACACCAAGUUAUGGGGAGGUUGAUAACAAAGAUGCUAAUGCCAGUCUUGCAAUAGGAGCAGUUGCAGAACAUUUGUGA